AUUGAUAGCCUGUUUCCUCGCUGUGUUGCAGGCUCGGGCUCGACGGUGACGGCGGCGGUGUCUCCGCUGGGCGCGGGCAGCUCGCCGCCGUCGUCGUGCAGCACCGGCAGCGACAAGGGCAGCCAGCACGCCGACCUCAGCGCGACGGAGGAGGGCGAAGGCGCCCUGGCCGUGGGCGGCGCGGGGCAGGGCGGGCGCGCGCUGGUGGACGUGUGGCCGCUGCUGGGCGCCGCGCUGCGCCAGCACGCCGACCUGGGCGACGUGCAGACCGCCGCCGCCGUCAUGCUCGCGCUGCACGAGCACAGGAGUGACUUAUUCCCGUACAUUGACGAGAGCCUGCAAGAACAAUGGCUGCUGGGCUACAUCGAGCUGCUGCAACGACACAAACUGUGGAACGUCGCUACCGAGGUGAUCCGCAACGCGUGGCUGAGCAGCGUGUGGUCGCUGUCGCAGCAGUCGACGUCGGUGGCCAUGUGCUGCGGACGCUGCGGGCGCCGCACGCGGCCGCACGCCGCCUGCGACCGCUGCCAGCCGCGCCACCUGCCCGACCUGUGCUGCGUCUGCCACCAGGUGGUGCGCGGGCUGUACGCGUGGUGCCAGGGCUGCUCGCACGGCGGGCACCUGCACCACAUGCGGCGCUGGAUGGAGCGCCACCAGCUCUGCCCGGCCGGCUGCGGCCACCGCUGCCAGCUCUAGGGGCUAUCUGCAGUCGGCUAAACCAGACCAGAGUAAAUACAACAUAGAAACGCACCGAGCGCGGUUUGUAUGUGAGCGCGCGCCAAUUAGCGGCGCCUUGU